ACUACUUUGAACUAGUCGCGUCAAUACGAGAAAAUCAUAUCGACAACUAAGUCCUUACUUAAUGUUAAAAUUCAUAAAUGAUUCUGAUAUCGUACUAGUUGUCAAAGUAUUAGUAUUAGUUUCACACUCCUUACGACUAGUGCGUUAAUAAUAAUCGUAUUUCAAUCAUAACUGUUAAUUCGAGGUGUAAAUAAAAGUUACGGUGAAAUAUAUACCUAAUGAUAAGUUUUCGUGUGUUCCAGAUGAAAUGGCGAGUGGCCGGCGGGAUGGGUAUACCGUUCGCGGCUGCUGUGUUCUGUAUGCUGCCACUGUUUACAUCUCCCACAGGAGAUAUACGCCAUCACGGUGCUUCGCGUGCCCGUGGAUGGAGAGGCACCGCCCCAGCAGACGUCACUGCCAACAACUCUGUCAGCAAUAUUACUGCUCAGCUCGGAGGAACAGCCUACUUGCACUGCCUGGUUGGACAUUUAAGCGAGAGGGGGCAAGUAUCCUGGGUUAGAAAGCGCGAUUGGCAUAUCCUGAGCUCCGGCAAGUUCACAUACACAAAUGAUGAGAGAUUCCAGGUACUGCACGGAGAAGGUUCAGAGGAUUGGACCCUACAAAUCAAGUUUGUACAGAAAAGGGAUAACGGCACAUACGAAUGUCAGGUAUCAACUCGUACCGGCAUCGUGUCCCACUACGUGCGUCUCCAGAUAGUGGUGCCUGAAGCCUUCAUCCUCGGCUCCGGCGAACACCACGUGGAUCUUGGCAGCGUCAUACAUCUCAUUUGUAUUGUUGAGAAGAGCCCAACGCCUCCUCAAUACGUAUUCUGGUAUCACAACGACCGCAUGAUCAACUAUGAUGCAACGAGAGGCGGGAUCACGGUGGAGACGGAACCGGGGGCUAGAACCCAGUCAAGAUUAACUGUGAGGGGGGCUACACUAAAGGACUCCGGAAAUUAUACAUGCAGCGCUAGCAACACUGAACCCGCUUCCAUACACGUCUUCGUGUCUGAAGGCAGUAACAAAAUGGCGGCCAUACUUCGUCGUAACACCAGCGCCAUCCACGGCAUCACCUCCAGCAUCACCUGUCUCCUCUUAUUCUUCUCAGUCGUCAUCCACGUGGCCUUCCGAUGACGUUACUAUAAUAUAGGUUCUAUCGCGAAUAAUAUACGAUUUAAUUUUAAAUAAAUUUCGCUGAAUAGAAUAACAAGUAGAUGCCAAACAGUUAUUGAUGGAAUGAAUUAAGUUAUACGGCCUGUUUAAUAAUGUUAUGUUUGAUUUAA